CUCCUAGAUAUGAAGUAUGAAGAGAUGAAGACAGAGGGCAACACUUCCACCGUGACAGAAUUUGUCUUGCAGGGAUUUUCUGAUCUUCCAAAUCUGAAAAAAUUAUUAUUUGGCCUUUUUGUCAUCAUUUACAUGAUUGUAUUAUUUGGAAAUGGCCUUAUAAUAAUAAUAACCAAAUUUGAUCCUGCACUACAGAAACCUAUGUAUUUUUUCCUGGGCAAUUUUUCUUCAUUAGAAAUCUGUUAUGUGACAGUCACUCUCCCCAGGAUGCUGAAGGACCUAUGGACGAAGGAUCGAAGCAUUUCUAGAGUGGAGUGUGCCAUGCAAAUGUAUUUCUUCAUUACACUGGGAUCCACGGAGUGUUGGCUCCUGGCUGUGAUGUCCUAUGACCGCUACGUGGCCAUUUGUAAUCCUCUGCACUACCCUCUUGUCAUGAACCACAAAGUAUGUGUCCUGUUGGCUGUCGGCUCCUGGACCGGUGUAAUCCCACUGCAGAUAUGGCAAACUUGUCAAAUGUUCUCUCUGCACUUCUGCAAGUCAAAGGAAAUUAAGCACUACUUCUGUGACCUCCUCCCUGUUCUCAAACUCGGCUGUGGAAACACGUCUAUCCAGGAGGUAACUCUUUACAUAGCAGCUCUGGUCUUUGUGGUGAUCCCAUUCAUGUUGAUUCUUGUGUCCUACAGCAAAAUCAUUGGCACCAUUCUGAGGCUGCCAACGGCCACAGGCAGGGCCAAAGCUUUCUCCACCUGUUCUUCCCAUUUGAUGGUUGUUCUUUUAUUCUUUGGAUCCGCUACUAUCACCUACCUACAGCCGAAGUCUAUGCAGUCUCCAGGCACUGAUAAACUGCUGUCUCUUUUCUAUACCACAGUGACGCCAAUGUUCAAUCCUCUGAUAUACAGCCUCCGGAACAAGGAGGUGAUUGCAGCGCUGAGAAAAUUAUUUCUGAAAAAGUAA